GUUGUGAUUUGUUGUCCAGUAGCGUCAGCAGACCAUGUACAUUUUGUUAUGUUUACGGUAGCUCGCAGCCGUCUAGUUUAGCUAGUAUGUCCAAAUACAUAGAAUGUAAUGUCAGACUGUGUACUUUUAUUUCAGAGUAGUAAAUUUAGACACACGUUGAACUAAUUCGCAGUCUCGUUUGAGGCCGAGAUGAUCGAGGUGGUGGCCUCCAUGGCCCGAGGCCCCGUGUUUCUGGCCGGGGAGCUAAUGGAGUGUCUCAUAACGUUCACCAACCCCAUGUCCCACCUAUCCACAUCUGCAAGCAGUGAGAUGCUCGCAUGGGCCAGUGCCCAGAUCCACUGUCAAUUUCAUGCCAGUGAGAACCGAGUGGCCCUGCCGGCUCAGGGCAACAAACAAGACGUCCAGGCUGACAGCGACACUGUGCUGAUUCCUAGCAGAGGAGAGCGAGGGCAAUGUGUGCUGGACACACCUCCAAAGAUUUUGUUCUGUGACUUGCGCCUGGACCCUGGAGAAAGUAAAACAUACUCGUACAGCGAGAUGGUUCCCGUUGACGGACCUCCUAGUUUUCGCGGCCAGGCGGUGAAGUACGUCUACAAACUGACCAUCGGCUGCCAGAGGGUCAACUCUCCCAUCAAGCUGCUCCGAGUUCCCUUCAGAGUGCUGGUUCUGCAGGGAAUGCCAGAGCCUCCGUUUCCUCAGGAUGAAGAGGUUUCCCCCUCCAACCCGUUUCUGGAGGAAGAAGAAGCGAGUCGCAGGGACGCGCGGGCUCUAGAGAGAGCACUGGACAUGCUGAUGGUCACCACCUCUAGGCGCUGCCCUCACAUGUUUAAUAUCACCAACAUGCGCGGAAAAGUGGCAAAGUUCUGCAUCUUCAAGACCGUUUACAGACUCGGAGAGGACGUCGUCGGCACGUUCAACUUCUCCGAGGGAGACAUUCCCUGCCUACAGUAUUCAGUGAGCCUUCAGAGUGAGGAGGAGAUCCAGGAGCAGUACCAGAGACGACCCGGUCAGGCCAUCAGUGUGACGGGACAUGGACGACACCUGGAGUCCUGUCUCCACACGGCCUCCAGUCACUUCUCUCUGCCCGUCCCCCUCAACGUCACACCAGGCUUCAGCACAGACAUUGUGAGUCUUCGCUGGCGGCUGCACUUUGAGUUUGUCACCGCCCGGGAUCCUACGGAAGCCCCAACUGUCCUGCAGAACCAAUCAGAGGACACCAUUUGGGCGGGGGCGGAGCAUGUGGACGUGGACACCUUCAGUUGGAAUUUGCCCAUCAAAGUGCUGCCCACCAACCCGGCCCUGGCGUCCUACGUGUCUCAGUUUACAGGGACCAACAGCAUCCGUAUUUGAAGUCAGAAUGUGUGUGUGUGUGUGUGUGUGUGUGUGUGUGCGUGUGCGUGUGCGUGUGUGCGUGUGCGUGUGCGUGUGUGUGUGAUCCAAACGACCAGCUGUAUGUUUCUGCUUAUUUUCUAGACGCAUUACGAAAUGCAUUUAUUGUGUUGUAGCUCUACUGAACCAAUCAUUUGUUUCUUUUUAAGGAAUGCAUCUCUUUUGUUUUGUAUUUAUUUCACGUUUAACUUGUGCAUUAGCACGCUAGCUCAUUUCCUCUCCAUCCAUGAAACAAGCAUUGUGUAAACGAUUCCUUUUUUCCUUGUAUGAGCUAUUUGCUUCAGGCUUUAAGAACUGCAAGAGAAAAAAAUAAAACUGAAUGUUUAUUGCAAUAA